CCUUUGCCAUCUGGGCAGCAGCUGAAAAUUCAGGCCUUUGAACAUAAUACUGCUGAAGAAGAAGAAGAAAGCCAAAGAAGACGAAAAAGAUGAAGAAAGCCAAAGAAGACGAAGAAAAUGAAGAAAGGCAAAGAAGAAGAAGACGAAGACGAAGACGACGACGACGACGACGACGAUGAAGACGAAGACGAAGACGAAGACGAAGACGAAGACGAAGACGACGAAACGAUGAAGAGAAAGACAAAGACGAAGAUCAAGACGAAGAGGGUGACGAAGACUAAGACGAAGAUGAAGAUGAAAACGAAGACGAAGACGAAGUUGAAGUCGAAGUCGAAGACAAAGACGAAGAUGAAGACGAAGAUGAAGACAAAGACAAAGACAAAGACAAAGACAAUGACGAGGAAGACAAAGAAGACGAAGACGAAGACGAAGACGAAGACGAUGACGAUGACGACAACAAUGAAGAAGAAGAAGAAGACGAUGACGACAACAAUGAAGAAGAAGAAGAAGAAGAAGAAGAAGAAGAAGAAGAAGAAGAAGAAGAAGAAAGAUGAAGACGAAGACGAAGACGAAGAAGACGAAGACAAAGACAACGAAGACGGAGACCACGAAGACGAAGACGAAGACGAAGACGAAGACGACGACGACGAUGACGAUGACGACGACAAAGAUGAAGAUGAAGACAACGAAGACUAAGAAGACGAAACGACGAAGACAAUGACGAAGACGAAGACGACGACAAAGACAAAGACAAAGACAAAGACAAAGACGAGGAAGACGAAGACGAAGAUGAAGAUGAAGACGAAGACAAAGACGAAGACAAAGACAAAGACAAAGAUAAAGACAAAGACAAAGA